AUGACCGAGCUGCGUCCAGGGGCGACACCCAAACGCACCGUCUCCUUCGGCCCAUCGGACACCCUCACGCUCCCCUCCGAAAACGCGUCUUCUCCUCCGCAUACCAACGGCAUCGACGCCUCUUCGUCACCGACCAACGACGGUGAGCCUAGCACACCGCGCAACGCCAAGAACCCAUCUCCUCCCUCCUCGGUGCUCAAGUCCGCCAUGAAGCCCGGCAAGGAUCGCAAGCGUCUUCCCCCUCCCGAGCAAUACCAGCACCCCGACCCUUUGUUGCGUCGCCUCCGUCUGGUCGACGCAUACGGCGUCCCUGUCGACCUUCGCAAGACCUUUCGGGAUACCAAAGUGGUCGGCUUCUACUUUGCCUCGCAAUGGGCGGGUCAGCCGUUGAAAGAAUACCACCAGGCGAUCUCCGACUUUUGCCGUCACCAUCCGCACGAAUUCAAGGCGAUCUACGUAAGCGUCGAUGUGGACGAGCAGUGGUACAAGGCGGGUGUGAAGGAUAAGCCGUGGAUCUCGAUGGUGUGGAACGAUGGGAGCAGUAUGCCUGCUGAGCGUGCGGAUCGGACCGCUGCACCCACCAGUCCCGAUGGCGAUCUGGACGAGCUACCUAGGCUGUACAACAACGAGGACUUUCUGUUGGCCAACGAAGGGGAUAUCGACGAAAGCCUCAGCCACACGGAUAAGAGCGGAGAGGCGUAUCUCAGGCCCUUCUCGAGAGUCCAUCUGGCGGCAAAACUCAACAUCAUCGCUGCACCCACGUUGUGCAUCUACCACCUGGAGAGUGGAAAGAUGUUGGAGUGGAACGUGAGGAUGGGCCGACUGGCCAGCCACCGCAGGAGGGAGACGUGGGAGAGGUGGAGAGCAGGCGAGAGCGCAGCAACGUUCAGCGUGGCGGAUGCGUUUGCGGUCGCACCGUACACGAUUGUGGCUGCGCUGUUUGCGUUGUUGUACUUUGCGGUGGUUUGGUUUGGCGGCGAGGAGUAUAACGUGCUGAGGAGGACACUGUAUUCGUUGUUGGAGGGGACCGCGGGUGGAUCGCACAAGUUGGUGACAAAUGACGAGUUGUAG